AUGACCAUGAGAGAGGAGGAGGAGAGCACCAGAAAGGGUACUUAUUCCCCCCAACCCCCGUCCCUGCUGGCUGCUGAUCAUUCUCCCCCCCCCCCCCCCCCCCCCCCCCCCAGUGGAGAGAGUGGAGCAGGGAAGACGGUGGCCGCCAAAUACAUCAUGGGCUACAUCUCCAAGGUCUCCGGCGGGGGCCAGAAGGUCCAGCACGUGAAGGAUAUCAUCCUGCAGUCAAACCCACUGCUAGAGGCCUUCGGCAAUGCCAAGACUGUGCGCAACAACAAUUCCAGCCGCUUUGGCAAGUACUUUGAGAUCCAGUUCAGCCGCGGCGGGGAGCCAGAUGGGGGCAAGAUCUCCAACUUCCUGCUAGAGAAAUCCCGUGUGGUCAUGCAGAACGAAAACGAGAGGAACUUCCACAUCUACUACCAGCUGCUGGAAGGAGCCUCCCAGGAGCAGCGGCAGAACCUGGGGCUCAUGACCCCCGAGUACUAUUACUACCUCCAGUCGGACACCUACAAGGUGGAUGGCACCGAUGACCGGAGUGACUUCAGUGAGACUCUGAAUGCCAUGCAGGUCAUUGGGAUCCCACGCAACGUCCAGCAGCUGGUCCUACAGCUUGUGGCCGGGAUCUUGCACUUGGGAAACAUCAGCUUCUGUGAAGACGGGAAUUACGCCCGGGUGGAGAGUGUGGACCUGCUGGCCUUUCCCGCCUACCUGCUGGGCAUCGACAGCGGGCGGCUGCAGGAGAAGCUGACCAGCCGCAAGAUGGACAGCCGCUGGGGCGGGCGCAGCGAGUCCAUCGAUGUGACCCUCAACGUGGAGCAGGCGGCCUACACCCGCGACGCCCUGGCCAAGGGGCUCUACGCCCGGCUCUUCGACUUUCUCGUGGAGGCCAUCAACCGUGCUAUGCAGAAGCCCCAGGAGGAAUACAGUAUUGGUGUGCUUGACAUCUACGGCUUCGAGAUCUUCCAGAAAAAUGGCUUCGAGCAGUUCUGCAUCAACUUUGUCAACGAGAAGCUGCAGCAAAUCUUUAUCGAACUCACCCUGAAAGCCGAGCAGGAGGAGUACGUACAGGAGGGCAUCCGCUGGACCCCCAUCCAGUAUUUCAACAACAAAAUCGUCUGCGACCUCAUUGAAAACAAGCUGAGUCCCCCGGGCAUCAUGAGCGUCCUGGACGACGUGUGCGCCACCAUGCACGCCACGGGCGGCGGCGCCGACCAGACCCUGCUGCAGAAGCUGCAGGCGGCAGUGGGCACCCACGAGCACUUCAACAGCUGGAGCUCGGGCUUCGUCAUCCACCACUACGCGGGCAAGGUCUCCUACGAUGUUAACGGCUUCUGCGAGAGGAACCGGGACGUCCUGUUCUCUGACCUCAUAGAGCUGAUGCAGACCAGUGAGCAGGCCUUCCUCCGAAUGCUGUUUCCUGAGAAGCUGGAUGUAGACAAGAAGGGCCGCCCCAGCACCGCCGGCUCCAAGAUCAAGAAACAAGCCAAUGACCUGGUGGCCACGCUAAAAAGAUGUACACCCCACUACAUCCGCUGCAUCAAACCCAACGAGACCAAGAAGCCCCGCGACUGGGAGGAGAGCAGGGUCAAGCACCAGGUGGAGUACCUGGGCCUGAAGGAGAACAUCAGAGUACGCCGGGCUGGCUUUGCCUACCGUCGCCAAUUCUCCAAGUUCCUGCAGAGGUACGCCAUCCUGACCCCGGAGACGUGGCCACAGUGGCGUGGGGAUGAACGUCAGGGGGUCCAGCACCUGCUUCGGGCAGUCAACAUGGAUCCAGACCAGUACCAGAUGGGGAGCACCAAGGUCUUUGUCAAGAACCCUGAGUCGCUCUUCCUUCUGGAGGAGAUGCGAGAGCGGAAGUUCGAUGGCUUUGCCCGCACCAUCCAGAAGGCCUGGCGACGCCAUGUGGCAGUCCGGAAGUACGAAGAGAUGCGGGAGGAAGCGUCCAACAUCCUGCUGAACAAGAAGGAGCGGAGACGAAACAGCAUCAACCGGAACUUUGUCGGGGACUACCUGGGGCUAGAGGAGCGGCCGGAGCUGCGUCAGUUCCUGGGCAAGAGGGAACGCGUGGACUUCGCUGACUCGGUCACCAAGUAUGACCGCCGCUUCAAGCCCAUCAAGAGGGACUUGAUCCUGACGCCCAAGUGUGUGUAUAUGAUCGGGCGGGAGAAGGUGAAGAAAGGACCAGAGAAGGGCCAGGUGCGUGAGAUCCUGAAGAAGAAGGUGGAGAUCCAGGCCCUUCGGGGAGUUUCCCUCAGCACGCGGCAGGACGACUUCUUCAUCCUCCAAGAAGACGCGGCCGACAGCUUCCUGGAGAGCGUCUUCAAGACCGAAUUCGUCAGCCUCCUGAGCAAGCGCUUCGAGGAGGCGACGCGGAGGGCCCUGCCCCUCACCUUCAGCGACACACUACAGUUCCGAGUGAAGAAGGAGGGCUGGGGCGGAGGUGGCACCCGCAGUGUCACUUUCUCCCGUGGCUCCGGCGACGUGGCUGUGCUCAAGGCUAGCGGCCGGUCCCUCACGGUCGGCGUGGGUGACGGGCUGCCCAAAAGCUCCAAGCCUACACGGAAGGGAAUGGCCCAGGGAAGACCUCGAAGGGCAGCCCAGGCCCCCACCCGGGCAGCCCCUGGGCCUCCCAGAGGCCUGGACCGCAAUGGGGUGCCCCCCCUGGCCAGAAGGGGGGACCUGCCCCUAGAGAUCCCAUCUGGAGGGGGCUUCCAGCAGCCUCCCCGGGGCCCUCCGUCGUCAGCCCUGAGGGCCAGCAGACGCCCCCGGGCACGGCCCCCCUCGGAGCACAACACAGAAUUCCUUAACGUGCCUGACCAGGGUGUGGCAGGCAUGCAGAGGAAGCGCAGUGUGGGGCAGCGACCUGUGCCGGGCGUGGGCCGACCCAAGCCCCAGCCUCGGACGCAUGGCCCACGGUGCCGGGCCCUGUACCAGUAUGUGGGCCAAGAUGUGGACGAGCUGAGCUUCAACGUGAACGAGGUCAUCGAGAUCCUCAUGGAAGAUUCCUCCGGCUGGUGGAAAGGCCGGCUGCAUGGCCAGGAGGGCCUCUUCCCAGGAAACUACGUGGAGAAGAUCUGAGAGACGGCCCCGGAUUCUGCCUCCUGCCUGCCUGACUGCCUGCCAGGCCCUGCUGGCAGGGGCCUCGUUUUCCUUGGCCGCAUUGGCCAGAAGGUCCAGUCCUGUGGCGUCCAGCCCAGCCCAGGCUCUGGGUCACCAUUGGGGCUGGGGCUCACCCCUGCAGCCACCGCAGGGCCCUGGCCUCCCCCAGGUCACACACAUUGCCUCCUGGGUCAAACAGGGCUAACAUCAGAAUCUACCUCCCAGCUGCCUUGUGCAUAUACGUGAGUUGUGUCCCGUGGGCCAAGUGCCAAGCACAGUUGGGGGCACACCUUGACAGGUGAGAUCCGCCCCCCUCUUUCUCUCACCACUGAGGCAAUAAACAUUGGCCAGGUGAAAGCGUGGAUUAAUUUACUGAGCGUUAACAAGAACUACCAUCUCACAACCCCAUGAGGAAGGUGCCCCAAAUAUACCCCAAUUGCAGGUGAAAAAAAAUGGAGGCUGGGAGAAGUUUCAUCAUGUGCCCAAGAU